AUGGAAUCGACUACAAAAGAAAAAUUGCUCCCUAUUCCUAAGAGGUCAUUUUUUGCGAAACUCUGUAUGUGUUUUUGUUUGUCAAAUAAAGCUCAUCAAAGUGAUGAUAUUUCUAUGAGCCCAUUUGAUACUUUUGCAAGCUCGACUUGCAAUGAUCCUGAUGUCUAUUCUAUCAAGAAUUAUUCAGCAGACAAAAUUUUAUACUGUGCUUGAUUAAGAUUUUAAAUAAUUUUAUAUAAAAAAAGCCUGAAAUAUCCCAAAUUAAAUAUAAUUUAAUACACAUUACUUAUUAGGAGCAGAAAAUAAAAAGAUUUUGUGUAUUUUUAAACAUAUGGCAAUAGAGUCUUUAGAAGACCAUAGGAUAAGUGGAGAAAGGCCUCCAGAAAUUGAAGAAGAAAAUUGACGACAAAGGUACAGAAUUUUUUCCAAAUAUGAUGAAGGGAUAAAACUAGAUUGGGAUAGCUGGCUUGUAACACCUCAUGAAAAGAUCGUAAAAUCAAUAGCAAAAUAUGCAGUUUUAAGAGGAAAGCCUAAUUCUGUGAUUGAUGCGCUUUGUGGGGUUGGUGGUUUUACUAUACAAUUUGCCAAGUAUUGCAAAGUCAUUGCUAUUGAUAUAGAUCCAGUGAAAAUAGGUUUUGCUCAAAUAAAUGCUGAAGUUUAUGGGGUUAGUGAAAAUAUCGCUUUUAUUGAAGCUGAUUUUCUAGAAGUUGCUCAUGGGCAUAGGGCAGAUCUGACGAUUGUAUCGCCUGAUUAUUUGAAGUGUGGAGAAUCUUUUGAUAUGAAUAAUUUUAGACCAGAACUCCCAAUACUAAUAAGUUCUGCUUUGAAAUGUUCACAGUCAGUUUUAAUCUAACGAUGACCCCCCCCCUCAAUCUUCAUGCCUAUUGCAACAAAAAUGCAAUUUUUUUAAUAUAAAAUUUUAUAUAAAAAAAAUAAUAAUUUUCAUGUCUCUUGAAACAAAUUAUAUACAUUAAAAUGGCGACACGUGUCAACCUGCCCUCUUGGCGAAGCAGUCCAGACCUUAUGGCUACGGCGAACUGGGACCGACUCCGAGCCGAGAAUCAGACGCAGGCUCAAGAAAUGUGUAUCCAGGUAGGUUUUGGCUGCUUCAAUGGUUGGAAAUAGAUGCGUUCAAUAGCGUUCUUUGGAUCCGAGGACCCAUGGGCAUUCCUCUACCGAGAAACUGGGGUUUUCAGCCCAGGCCACAGGGAAACAGUCUUUUUCCUGUAGCUGUCGAAGGAAGGCACUUUGACCUCCAAUCGCCCGUAGCAGGGCCGCAGAAAUCCAUAAGCCGCCCACUCAAGACUGAAGUCGCAAGGUAAGGAGGAGACAGAAGGUACUCGUAAGAGGCAUAGACCUCUGGGCUUGUGUCGAAAAGCGGUAGAACCUUCCGUACGGGAGGUUUUUGGUGACUGCGUCACCAAUAUGGCUAGCACCUGUCUGUAAUAAUCCUAACCCUCUUGCAACAAAUUUUCGAUGCGCAUCUUAAAUUUUUCCGUACUUUUUAGCUAGAUAAGUUUAAUAAAAUGCGAGCGAUGACAAUAACCGUCCAAACCUCGAUGAGAAGUUCAUUGACACGCCUACAGCAGCGCUGCUUUAUGGUCUUUUUGAGAAACUCACCUUGAGAAAAAAUGCAUUAAUUUUUUUUAUAAAAAAUGUUGUGUUGCAGUAGGCAUGAAAAUUUUUUCGAAAAAUUUUUGUUGCAAUAGACAUGAAGAUUGAGGGGGGGGGUCAUCGUUAUUUUUGCCUCCAAAUGUAGAUGUACAACAAUUUGCAAAUGUAAUUUAUGAAAUCGACGAAACACAGCCUUUUAUAGAAAUCACAUUGCUAUUUGAUGGAAGCCACUUAAAAGCUGCUUCCUGCUUGCUUGGACCAAUCGUAAAAUUCCCUACAAAAGAUGUGAUUCUUGCAAUAUCAAGUAGGCUAGGACUUAUUAGAGAGCAAAAAGAAUAUUUAAAACAAAUUGUUGAACAAGUUUCUAUAAAAACUCUGAUGGAUCUUGUUAAUGAGACUGAGAGGAUUGCAAAAGAUGUAAAAUAUAAAGGAAAGAAAUUCUUGGAACUUGCUAUGAAAAUUCCUGAUAUUAAAUUAGAAGGAAUUCCUGUUUUAUUUAAAGGAGAAAAUUAUGAACCGAUUUUACAGAUAUUCAAAGAAAGAGGAGAUACUAUAAUUGAAAAAGAAAUUGAGGGAGACGCGAUUCUUGAAAUAAAAGGUGAAAGAAUUGUAGGGAGUAAAAACAUAAUUGAGCACUUAAACUCGAAGAAAGUUGAUAUGAAAUUUAUCACUGAAGAUGAUAUUAAUUUUGGCUAA